AUGGCUCAAACUGCUGAAUUAAUAGAAAAGGCUAGGGACGUCCUUACAUUCCUUUACAUCGGAUUCUUGGAAUUGCCUUUAUAUCAAAGAAUUUCAAUUUUAUUAUUCUCUCCGUUCAUUUAUAACAUUGUUUGGCAAUUCUUAUACUCUUUAAGAAAAGAUAGAGUUCCAUUAGUUUUCUACUGGAUCCCAUGGUUCGGUUCAGCUGUUCCAUAUGGUAUGCAACCAUAUGAAUUCUUCCAAGAUUGUCAAAAAAAAUAUGGUGAUGUCUUUGCUUUCGUUUUAUUAGGUAAAGUUAUGACUGUUUAUUUAGGUCCAAAAGGUCAUGAAUUUGUUUUAAACUCGAGAUUAGCUGAUGUUAGUGCUGAAGAUGCUUACAAACAUUUAACUACUCCAGUUUUCGGUAAAGGUGUUAUUUAUGAUUGUCCAAACCAUAGAUUAAUGGAACAAAAAAAAUUCGUUAAAGGUUCUUUAACAAAAGAUGCUUUUAGAUCAUAUGUUCCAAAAAUUAGAGAAGAAAUCUUGUCAUAUUUCCAAAAAUCUAAAAAUUUCAAAGUAGGUGAAAAAAGAUCUGGUGAAAUUAACGUUAUGGCUACUCAACCAGAAAUUACCAUUUUCACAGCUUCAAGAUCUUUAUUAGGUGAAGAAAUGAGAGCCAAAUUAACUGAAAAAUUCGCAGGUUAUUAUUCUGAUUUAGAUAAAGGUUUCACUCCAAUUAACUUCGUUUUCCCAAAUUUACCAUUACCACAUUAUAGACAAAGAGAUUUUGCUCAACAAAUUAUUUCAAAAACUUAUAUGGAAUUGAUUGGAAAAAGAAGAGCCAAUAAUGAUAUCAAAGAUAGAGAUUUAAUUGAUGCUUUAAUGAAAAACUCAACUUAUAAAGAUGGUGUUAAAAUGACUGAUCAAGAAAUUGCCAACUUAUUAAUCGGUGUUUUAAUGGGUGGUCAACAUACUUCUGCUGCUACUUCCGCUUGGUUUUUAUUACAUUUGGCUGAAUACCCUGAAAUCCAAGAUGAAAUUUAUGCUGAAAUAAUGAGAGUUACUGGUGGUAAUGAUGUUACUUAUGAAGAUUUACAAGAAAUGCCAUUAGUUAACAAUGUUAUUAAGGAAACUUUAAGAAUGCAUAUGCCAUUACAUUCAAUUUUCAGAAAAGUUAAUAGACCAUUACCAGUUAAUGGUACUUCAUAUGUUGUUCCAAAAGGUCAUCACGUUUUAGUUUCCCCAGGUUUUGCCAUGACUAAUGAUGCUUAUUUCCCACAUGCUGAUGUUUAUAACCCACAUAGAUGGGAUGAAUCUGAAGAAGCUAAAGCUGAACAAGAUUCCAAAACUGUUGAUUAUGGGUUUGGUGCUGUUUCUAAAGGUGUUAGUUCUCCAUACUUACCAUUCGGUGGUGGUAGACAUAGAUGUAUUGGUGAACAAUUUGCUUAUGUUCAAUUAGGUACUAUCUUGACUACAUACAUUAAAACUAUGAGAUGGAAAUUACCAGAAGGUAGAGGUGUUCCACCAGUUGAUUAUGCAUCAAUGGUUACUUUACCAACUGAUCCAGCUGUUAUUGAAUGGGAAUUAAGAGAACAAAUUUAA